CGAAGAUGAAAAUGUAUGGUCGUUUUCUGAGUGAACGGAUCAGAGUGUUACAUUCUCUGUUGGAAAAUACCUGUGUUAAUAAAAACGUUUUCAGAUACGUUAACAUGUAACUAUACGAACAAUGUGUUGGCCAGUUACAUUAAAUAGUUGUGUUUUGUGUUUUAUGUAUAAGAGGAGAAUAAGAUAUAAAAAAUAACAAAUGUGAUAUAAAGGGAUAUUUUAAACUUCUGUGUACCUUCCCUCUUCUAGAGUGCUAGGAUGGCCUCGGAGAGGAAGAGGAGGUCCAACAAGUAUUUGGACCUUGAAUACCAAGAAAGACCCAGUUGGGUCAAUGCUAGGGUAGCCUACAGACAAGUUAGAAAAGGUAAAGCUGAUGGCAACAAACAAGCCCUGUGGGUCAGAAAACACAUUCAGAGAUACCUCUAUAGCAUAGGAAUAUUCAUAAAUCAACACUGUGGAAAAGUUUGCUUCGUUGGAUUACUAUUGUUAUCAUUGUGUUGCGUUGGACUAAAAUCAAUUAAAAUGGAAACGGAUAUAGAACGACUAUGGGUUGAAGAGGGUGGCCGUCUGGAGGAAGAGCUGACAUACACACAGACGCACAUUGGCGCUGGCAGCCAAGUGACCAACCAGAUUCUGAUUCAGACGCCGCAGUCCUCGAACAACGUCCUCACCCAGGAAUCCUUCCUGCAACACCGAGAUGCUCUUGUUAAGGCCUCCGAGAUCAACAUAAAGAUGUUUGAUAUGACAUGGCGUUUCCGGGAUAUUUGUUAUUUGGCCCAGUUUCCGCUGUUUGCAGAUGGAUAUUUGGAGGGCAUGCUGGAAGAGAUCCUACCUUGUGUGAUCAUCUCACCCUUGGACUGUUUCUGGGAGGGGUCUCAGGCCCUGUCACCUCAGGGAUUCACACUCAAUGGGUUCGUUCAGCUGCGCUGGGAGAACCUGAACCCACUCGAGCUAGUGCAGAAAAUGAAGGAAAGUUACGUGGAUGGUGCCGCCAUGGAACAGGUGCUCCUUGAUGCUGGUGUGUCCUCCGGCUAUGUGGAGAAACCAUGCAUCGAUCCUGAUGACUUUGACUGUCCAGACACCGCAGCUAACUACCAAUCCAAAGAGGUGCCUGACUUUGGGGCAGAGUUGACGGAUGGUUGCUAUGGCUUCGCUACAAAGUACAUGCACUGGGCAGAGGACCUGAUAGUGGGUGGGGUAAGGAAGAACCAGUCCGGCCAUAUCGUGCGUGCGGAGGCCCUGCAGUCAAUUAUUCUCCUCCUCGGGGAACAGCAGCUGUUUGAAAAAUACGAUAAAGACAUUAAGACGGCAAAUAUCGACUGGACACUCGAGAAAGCCAGGGCUGUCUUGGAGGAAUGGCACAGAAAGUUUACUGAGGAGAUGAACACGUUUAGCUCCCCAAGUAUGCCUGACAACUUGUACGCUUUUUCCAUGACUUCCCUCAUGGAUAUUAUCAAGGAUUUCUCCAACAUCAGUAUUCCACGAGUUGCCAUUGGUUACAUCCUUAUGGUGUUUUAUGCGUGCAUAAUCCUUCUGCGCUGGAACAACUUAAUCCUGUCCCAGAGCGGUAUAGGGAUAGUGGGUGUGCUAUUGAUCGCUUUGUCUGUGGCCGCAGGGCUUGGUAUCUGUUCCUUGCUCGGGAUUACAUUCAAUGCCUCGACAACUCAGAUAAUUCCCUUUCUGGCGCUGGGUCUUGGGGUGAAUGACAUGUUUCUGAUCACACAUACAUACGCAGAAAAUGCCAACAAAGACAAUAUUCCCCAUAAGGAGCAGACGGGUGAGUGUUUAAAGCGAACUGGUACAAGUAUAUUGCUGACGUCGGUCUCGAACAUGCUGGCGUUUUUCUCGGCAGUGAUCAUACCCAUCCCUGCUUUGCGCUCAUUCGCACUUCAGGCGGGGAUUCUGGUGCUAUUUAACCUUGUGUCCGUCCUGCUCAUCUACCCAGCCAUCUGCAGCAUUGACCUUAUACGCCGCAAAAAUAAAAGGGUUGACAUCUUCUGCUGCUUCGAAAGUUUCACAGACAACAACACUGUGAUUGAGCUCCAGCCUCACAUUAAUAUUCAUGACACCAUGGAACGUGAGUCGAGUCCCCCACCCGGCUACACGCCUCGCCCUGCAUACUCUCCCCCACCCUACAGUGACCUUCUUGCCCGAGACAUGAUUGCUCAGUCAACACCCAAUGGCGGGCCCGCCCAGACAACCUUGGCUCCUCAUGAGGGGCAGUUUGUCACAAGGAUGGGGUCUCCCGUACCAGGGUUUGACUCGGCUACCAAUUCCCGCCAGUGCCUUACAGAUGGGGAGCGUGUGACAUGCAAAGAGAAGUUCGCUAUUCUUCAAAAACAGUGCCUAACCACAUCAUUGACAUCAUUAGCUGCAAAGAAAUAUGCACCAUUUCUUCAAAAGACUCCUGUCAAAGUGUUCACCAUAGUUUUCUUUGUUGUGUUUUUAAUAAUCGGUACAUGGGGCACAGCCCAAGUGAAAGAUGGGCUCGAUUUGACAGAAGUUGUCCCUCGUGAUACUAGUGAAUAUGAUUUUCUGGAAAAACAAUCAAAAUACUUUGGAUAUUAUAAUAUUUAUUUAGUGACUCAAGAGCUUGAUUAUCCAAAUAACCAAAGACUUAUUCGGGAGUUCCAUGCCGCUUUCAGCAAUGUGGAUAACAUUCUUCGUGAGAAAAAUGACAAACUGCCAAUAUUUUGGCUUGAUGAAUUUCGAUCAUGGCUUGUUGAUUUACAAGAAGCAUUUGAUCGAGAUUAUGCCAAUGGAACGUUCCACUCAACGGGUUGGCAUCGGAAUGCCUCGUAUGACGCCAUACUGGCGUUCACUCUGCUUGUCCAAACGGGUGACGUGGACAAUUCUAUAGACUUUAACCAGGUGAAAAAUGUUCGUCUGGUGAGCAAGGAAGGGAUUAUAUACCCGCCUGCAUUUUACAAUUACCUCACAGUGUGGGUGUCUAAUGACGCCCUGGCGUAUUCAUACACAAUGGCAGAAAUAAGGCCCACAACUCAGUCUUGGCCUUUCGAUGCCUCAUAUAACAAUGUACAAGUGCCAAAAGCAAAGAGCAUCAAGUAUGCCCAGAUUCCAUUCUUCUUGACAAAACUGUCAAGCGGGGAGGAAAUACUAAAUGUUGUAUUACAAAUCCGGAAGAUUUGCGAUGACUUCUCCGCCCGUGGGCUCCCAAACUACCCUGUGGGGGUACCAUUCACAUUCUGGGAACAGUAUAUCCACCUGCGUUUCUACCUCAUGAUGGCGCUGCUGUGCAUCCUAGCUGUCACCUUCAUUGUUCUCUCCGUUACUCUUGUAAAUCCCUGGAUGGCCGGAAUUAUUGUUGUUGUUUUGACCCUCGUCCUCGUGGAGCUGUUCGGUUUCAUGGGUAUCGUGGGUUUGAAGCUGAGCGCCAUUCCCGCCGUCAUCCUUAUAUCCUCUGUGGGUAUUGGCGUCGAUUUCACUGUCCAUCUCUCUGUGGCGUUCCUGUCAACAGUCGGGACGCGAAAUUCGCGAAUGGCCAAGGCUCUGGAGCACACGUUUGCUCCCGUUCUCCACGGCGGAGUUUCUACAUUCCUCGGUGUUAUCAUGCUGGCCGGCGCAGAGUUUGACUUCAUUGUCAGGUACUUCUUCUUGGUGUUGACGGGUCUGGUGGUGAUUGGUUUACUCAAUGGUCUACUCCUGUUACCUGUCAUCUUAUCGAUGUGCGGCCCACUUUCGGAGGUGCGGCCAAAGAAGGACACAGACAGAAUCCCUACCCCGUCCCCAGAAGCCUCACCAAGGGCGAAAAUCCGCAACUUGCCAGUACGGGCCACGCGAUCAAGUCGGAAGAUGAGAUACCCACAGAGAAUCCCCUCGGAUCUCUCCCUGACAACAAUUUCUGAGGAGCCGUCACAGUAUUCCUCCACAGAGAUUGUUGUCAAUCCUGAGGUUGUUGUGGAAACAUCAGUGCCAAAUAAUGGCGGGAGAAACGAUCAGCAGACGUCACAGAGGUCUGCAGAUGACUCUACCAGUAGACAUAGUUCACAGAGUAAAAAUAGUACACCUCCAGGGUCAGUGAUGUCGACCCCACCCACACAUCAUGUGACAAGGGUCAGGGCCACAGCCACUGUCAAGGUGGAAGUUCACACACCUAUACCAGGGACGGUACCUGAGCUUCAGGACUACAAGAGACGGAGACGGAGGGAGGAGAUAGACAGUGACUCGGAUUCCUCCUCCUCCUCCAGUAGCUCCUAACAUUAGGUUUUCUGGGCGCUACGAUGGUGCUAUAUCUGCAAUACACUUGUACAGAAAGCAUUAUAUUUAUAUAUGUGACACACACACACCUCUCCUAUCAGUAUUUAUAUGUGAUUCAUCGAGAGAGAUUUCGGACUCUCAAUGCACCUCUUAUCCAGUGUUCAGCCAGUGUUUUCCUGCAAUUUGAUUCUUAAUGCGGGAGAUAGUAAAAUUGGGAAAUCGGAAUGUGGAUGGAAAACGAUGUCUUUAAAAACCAACGGAUAAAUUAUACAGAAUGGAAUGGAACGAGCCUUGAUUAAGCUUUAUAAUGAAAAGGUUGACCAAAAGAAAGUUUUUCGGACAUACAGAACAUUAAGAAUGGAGUUUCAAGCUGGUUAUGAACAUUGUUAACCCAAGAAAGCUUCCAAGUGAGUUAUGAGUAUGGAAGAAAAAAUAGCAAGAAAAAUGAAGCAUGCAUUGCUGGAAGUUGCUGACUGGACAUUGGAUGUUCAUUGUGAUAUUUCUUUUUCAAAACUUGUAAUGUUAUUUAUGUGUUGAUUUUCAUGACUGAUAUAAAUUUUGGGGAGUGAAGGCAGCUACGAAGUAUUGAACGAUUCUAAAUCAGGGCGAUUUUUUUCCUCAUUGUUGAAGCACAAUGAUACACAUAAUGUUUUACAAAUUUUAGCAUAUGGUUCAAUAAUAUACAGUUAUUGACCAAGUUACGAAUUGUAGAAAAUGAAAAUGGGUAUUUCCGGAUUUACGCAGAUUUUAAGCUUUAUCCCCUUCAGGAACUACGCCUGUAUUUUGUCAGUAUUGUUUUGUGAACAUUAACUACCAUUUGCCAUUGUUUUUAUAUUGAAAGACAAACUAUGCCAAUAAUUCAGUUUGCAGUUAAAUGCAAUAUAUUUGUUGUGGUAGAUUCCACUGUUCACAGAAUUCCGUAAAAUUUUGUUAAUGAUAAGUGUUAAAUUAACGCAAGGAUAUGACACAUAAACAUUGUGUAAAAUUACAAUUUGAAGUAUUUCUUUUUUAUGAUAUGAAAAUGUCAUUCAGAUGGAAGUUUGUUGUUAAAUUAUUUUAUAGAAUAUAUGUUAUCAACUUUUAUUAAUAAGAAGGUUUGUUGGACAUGAAUUUCAAUAUUAUUAUGUGGUAUUUUUCAAACACUUACAUUUUACAGCUGGGCGUCAAAAAAGAGUAUUAUUAUGUUCAUCACUUGAUAUUGUCAGCCAUGACCUUGUAAUUAUGUAUUAUGUUAUGGCAAUGUUUUAAUGUACGGGUAAUUUUACUGUAAUGUUCAUCAUCAUAUGAAUGACAGAAUGUAAGUUAUGAAAGCCCUAUCAUCAUCCACAAUGAUUAGGUGUUAAUUCUAUUUUGCAUCCAGUCAUAUUCUUUACGAGUAAUUUUGUUUAUAUAAAUAUUUGUACUGAUGAUCAUGACAGAGCCCCUUAAAACUCCCAUUAUGGACUUAAAUUGAAACCAUAUUUAAAGUUUGAUUUCCCAUUUUUUUAAGUGAAACUAUAAAAAAAAUAUUGUGUACAAAAAAAAGCUGUAAUUAAAUUCAAUUCAGUUAUUUUUAACAUGAUCAUUAAGUGAAUGUACCUACAUCAGUUUAUGCUUUGCAUAGAAAUGGGAUUGAUAAAACAUCAGAGCCUAAUUAUAGUAAAUUGAAACCGGAGAGAAAACAUACAAAUGGUUUAGUUUAUAAUUAUUCUGUUUAAAGAAUUAUUGACAAACACAAUGGAGGGGGUGCGGUGCAUAUAUUGAGUUCAGGUUUUUGCAGGGUCAUUUUUUCAACAUACAACCUCGUAAUUUCAUUUUAACAAAGUUAUGUGUAUAUUGGUAAAUUUUGAUGUAUUCUUACAAUCAUAUUUAUUGACACAAACAAAUCAUUGUAUUAUAAAACAUUUAUCAUAUCCUGUUUAGUAUUUUUUCUUAUUGUUAAGCUACAUUUUUCUGUAGACGAUAUUUUAAUACAUCGGCUGUUUGAUUUAAUAUGAUCUUUGUACGUUUUAAACCUUCAAUGAAGAUAGCGUGAAAAUAUGCAUUUUUACUGGCACAAAGUGCUUUAUGAUUUACUGAAUAUGUUUUACAUUUUAGUCUUCCAAUAAAGUGCUAUGCAAUCUGUGUAAAAUUUAAUCUAUCAUCACUUUCAAUGUGCUAUCAUAAGUGCUAUCUGAAGUUGGAUCUUUUUCGCAUCUAACUGAGAUAUAUAUUUUUAAUUAAUAUGCAUUUUCGACAAAUAAUGGCAUUUUCACAUUGAUUCUUUCCAUUUUUUGUAUAGAAAUACAUAUUUAUAUUCUAUUACAAGUGCCAGUAUCGAAACAUUAUUAAAAUCUGUAAAUUAUUAAUAAGUGUAUGCAACUUAUUGAGUUCAUUCGUGUUUAAGUGUUAAAAGUUCCAUGUUCACAUAUUCUUAACUAAAUGUAUCAAUACAUGUAGUUUACGUGGACAAAUUUCCAUUAAAUUGGAAUAAAGGUCAACUUUUUCAAUCCCUGGGCUGGUAUUUAGUUUUCUGUUAACAAAAACUCGAAGUAUUUGUUUAUCUACUUGUUUAAAUAUGAUUUUUUUCAAUCAUUUCCAUUGUUAAAAAAGGAUUAGGAUUAUUUUUCAUUAAUGAGGUACUACUUUUUUCAAUGGAGCAAAUAUUUUUUGUGCUGUAAUUUGGCAGCAAUGUUUAACUAAUUAAACUAUAUACCAGCCCAUUGUAGCGGUCGUGUGUGCUGUAAUCAUUCUGUUCCGUAAAUCAUUAAAACAGGGUGUUAGUUUAUAACCAAAGAAAUAUUUUGUAGGAUUACAUUUUCUCAGGAAUCUUGAUUUAAUAAUGCCUAAAGUCAUUUCCAUGUACUUGAUUAACAGAUGCAGUAAACGUUCUGGUCUCAUUAAAUGAAAUUUUAUUUCCCUAUGAAGCUUUUUAGUAAAUUCCUUGAAAAAAUAUGGGAAGAACAUUGUCCAAGUUACUUUAAUGAAUAGAUAAUUAACUAAUUACAUAAUUGAUAUUACACUUAGUAAAAAUUACUUGCUCAGAAGUUGUACAUGACUUGAAUUUUGGUAACAACAGUUACUGAAAAUAUUUUAUCGUUUAUGGAAUUGUUUUGAAUUUUUAAAAAUCCAAUAUUCAUGUUUGACAAUGCAUUUGAGAUUUUUGUACAGUAAAAGGUGAAGUCAAUUUGCUUUACAGAAUUACCUCAUACUUUCUUAGUUUACUUUAAAGACUUGAAUCAACAUACUUGUCAAAAUAGCCGACUUUUUUCACAUAUAUAAUAACAUCAAAAAUGAUUAAUGUAUAGGUUUUGUUUUUCUUGAGAUGCUGUUGCAAAUUUUGACAAAUAUGUUGAUUGAUGCAUAUACUUGUAAUUAUUAUAACUAGUGUAUAAUCUUUUGGAAGACAGGGCAUUACUUUCAUUACUUGAAAUUUGAAGAAAAAACUAAAAAAGGAGUGGUUUUACCAUGCAUCAUAUUUUGCAUAUGUAGUCGCCAAAACUUAGCGACUGAUUAAAAAUAUCAUUGAAAGUAAAUAGAUAUGGAAUUUGAAAGGAGAAAACAAAAUGAAAGUUAUGUCAUGUCUUAUAUUCUGGCUGUGAUUUUCCUGUUGUGUAUUUAAUACUCAUAAAUGUAAUGUACAGUAUGUUACCGCUCUGUACUUGAACUGUGCAGGGUAGCCCCACAUGGGCAUUGAUAUUUUCAAAACUACAAAAAUAUGACAAAUAAAAAGUUGUAAAAAUUA